UUUGUUCAAACUGAUCUCCCUCAGCGUUGCUGCUGGCGAGGAGGGGGUCGGAGGCAGCACCUUGGUGCGUUCGCGCGCGCGCAUGUGUGUGUGUGUGUGUAUGUGUGUGUGUGUGCGAGUGUGAAUCUAUUCCGAUAUCAACGCGUGAGCAGCAACGGCGCAUAGGGUGCCGCUCAGCGAGGAGAGGAGAGGAGAGCGUUGGAGAAGGAGCGAGAAGUCCAAGACGUGGAGCGCUUGUGCACGCACUCACUCGCGCUCUCUGGUGCCUCUGCAGAGUGCUGUUUCACCCUGGUGUCGUCGCUGGCCGUCUCUGCACCCUGUGGGAGGUUUGGGGGAGCACCUGCACCGAGGCGCAAAGCUCACAUUCCUGAAGAUUGCACCAUCGAGACGCGUCAGAAAAGGUCCAGGAUGGCGCUCACUCUGUGUGCAGCUGGGCGGCAGAUCCUCCUUGCUCUGACGCUGCUGCUCUAUUUGGGCUUGGGAGCAGCCUCCUCCUCAGUAAACAUGCGUAGGAUCACCCAUCCUACAGUACAACAAAUGCUGGCAGGCAAAGCUGUCCUCCCCUGUGUCUUCACCCUCCAGACCAGCUCCUCCAACCAGCCCCCCCACCUCCUGUGGACUCGCGUCAGGGCGCCGGCAGAAGUAGAGAGCGUUCGUGUGGAGCAGAUCGUGCUUUCUGCUAAAGGUGAUGUAAUCAAGGUGAAUAAGGCUUUCAGUGGCCGCGUCCUGCUGCCAGGGUACGCCGCCAAUCCUCUGAAUGCUACCAUGGAGAUCUCCGGUCUCCGCACCAACGACUCAGGCACUUACCAAUGUCAGGUUGUCAUGGGUAACGACUAUGAGAGAGACACUGUGCCCCUGGUGGUCUCCGGCGUUGUGUUUCACUACCAGGCUCCCAGCGCUCGAUACGCCCUCUCGUUUGCCGACGCCCAGCGGGCCUGCCUGGAGAACUCGGCUCAGAUGGCCACCCCCGCCCAGCUGUGGGCGGCGUACUACGACGGCUUCGCCAGCUGUGCACCCGGCUGGUUGCACGACCAGACUGUCCGCUAUUCUGUCCAGUCGCCAGAGCUUGGUUGCUAUGGACACGAGGAGUACUCGUCUGGAGUUAGGAAUUAUGGGAAGAGAGACCCGAAAGAGCUGUUUGAUGUGUACUGUCUCGCAAAAGAACUAGACGGGGAAGUGUUUCACUCCUCGGUCCCGGGCAGGCUGUCUCUGUCGUCGGCCUCGGACCGCUGUGUGUCCCUCGGGGGGCAGCUGGCCACAGUGGGGCAGCUUUAUCUGGCCUGGAAGGCCGGCCUGGACAGCUGCGCCCCGGGCUGGCUGUCUGACGGCAGCGUUCGUUACCCGGUGAUCAGGCCUGGCCCAGGCUGUGGAGGGGGCCAUUCAGGGGUUCAGCCAGGGGUCCAGCCAGGGGGCCAGCCAGGGGGCCAGCCAGGGGUCCAGCCAGGGGUCCAGCCAGGGGUCCGCACCGUCCCACCCAACAGCACCGCAGACAACACCACAGCGCUAUAUGAUGCGUACUGCUACAGAGGUAAAGUGAAGAAUUCCGGCUCCAUCUCUGAGAUCUACACCUCCCUGUGGAAGCCCUGGAGCUACCUCACAGGCUCAGGUGAUGCUGACUCUGCAGGGACGGGCAGCAGUGACGGGACUACACAGCAAGCCACCACCGCCAGAGGGCUCUCUGACGGCAGCGAUGGUUCCCUUUCAAACUGGACCGGAUUGGUUGACCUAGAAAAGGAGGCCUCCCUUUACAGCCCUGAUACUUCCGCAGACCCCUGGUCUUCAGAGUCUUCAGGGUCAUUUGUGACCCUCCAGCUAAUCCCAGGACAGAGCCUCUUAGACUGGGGAGAGCCACUGGAGCCUGGCCCCGACUCAGAGAAGUUUCUCCGCCCGCCGGUCCACCCUACUCCUGCUGACAAGAAGGUGAUCUCCAAGAUUGUCAAGUCCAUUUGGAAGCCUUGGAACUACCUGGCAGGGACUGGAAAUGACGAAGGAACCCAAACACCAAGUGGACAGACGGGGGAAGGGGAGACGGCCACGAACAAGACAGACGAGGGGUCAAACUCAUCCAGUGCAGCAUCACCAAGUUUGUUUUCUUGGGGAAGUUCAUGGUUUAGCGGUCCCUUGAGGGAAAACUCCACUCCAGCGAGUGAAGAACCUCCCACACGUCUUGCAUCCACUUUGGUUGCCUCCAGUAACUCUAUGACUACAGAGAGCGCUAAGAGCUGGGAGACUUCAGAGAUGAUCACGUCCACCGCCUCCAGCUCCAGAAUCACAUCCUCCAGCGGGGAAAUCUGGGUCCGCGUUGAUUCAGAGACCACGACCCAGCCGGGUGGCAAGAGGGAUGAGACGGUGACCUCCAGAGGCAGCGGCAGAGGAGGAAGAGGAAGGGGGAAGAAGAACAGAGGGGAGGACAGGAGCAGAGGAGAGGAGAAGGGGAGAGGAGGGGAGAAGGGGAAAGGAGAAGACGAGGGGAGUGGAGAAAUCACCAGCAUGGAAGCAAAGGGGGAGAUACAAGUGUCACGUCGACCAGUUGGAACAAGCAAACCAAGAGAGAGAUCCAGAGAAAGAUCUAGAGAGAGGGGUCACAGGAAGGGACAGACCACCACUACCACGACUACCACUGCCACAACUAGUCCCCUGGAGAUCGCAUUGAUGACCACAACUGUGCCGGAAAGCGCUGACUUAUCUACAUCGAAAUCCCCAUCCACCUCACCAGCAGAAACCGCAUCGCCAUCAAGCCCACCAGAUCCAGACCAAUCCCUCUCCUCAUCUCCAUCACCAUUGCCGUCUGUAACUUCAUCCCCAUCACCGUCCUCUUCUCAGCCGUCCCCAUCUCAACCCCUGUUUGAAUCCCAAUCUCCCUCCCCAUCUGUGUCUCCUCCAUCUUCCUCCACGCCAUCUCCAUCUCCAUCUCCAUCUCCAUCUUCAUCUCCAUCUCCAUCUCCAUCUCCAUCUCCAUCUCCAUUGCCAUCCACUUUCUCACUUCCAUCCCUCUCAACCUCUCCCUCAUCACCCCAUUCCCAUUACCCAUUUCAAACUGCAAGUUCAGGAGAGCCAGCUCCAUCUACUCACUCAGACCACCAGGACAGCUCCACUAACCACGUGCCAUCCCCCCGCUGGGUCCCAGUGGAGAAAGCUGUUCUGAACAGCUCUCUGGAUUAUCCUCCACUACUGUCGGGAACCCCCGAUGGGGAGGAGCCUUCUUGGUCCCACGCUGUGGGGUCAGGGGCCUUGUUACCUGGCAACGUGGAGGAGGAGAGCAACAGAGGCGCAUUCAACAUCAGUACCAUAACUCUAAGCCCAACAGACAAUGCAGAGCCGUGCGUGACAAACCCAUGUCUGCACGGAGGAAAAUGCCUUCCGCAGGGAACGGGCUACAGCUGCUACUGCCCACAAGGAUACACUGGGGAGAACUGUGAGAUUGAUGUUGAUGACUGCCAGUCCGAGCCAUGUGAAAACGGGGGCACCUGCAUCGACAAGAUUGAUUCGUUCCUCUGCCUUUGCUUGCCCAGCUAUGGAGGCGACACGUGUGAGAAAGACGUAGAAGGUUGCGAGCACGGUUGGAGGAAGUUCCACGGCCACUGCUACAGGUACUUCACCCACAGACACACCUGGGAGGACGCGGAGAAAGACUGCAGAGAGCACAGUGCCCACCUCAGUAGCGUCAUCUCGGCUACAGAGCAGGAGUUUAUCAAUGGUCUGGGUCAUGACAACGCCUGGAUCGGUCUGAAUGACCGCACGGUGGAGGAAGACUUUCAGUGGACUGAUAGCAACGAUCUGGUGUAUGAGAACUGGAGGGAGAGCCAGCCGGAUAACUUCUUUGCGGGAGGGGAGGACUGCGUGGUCACAAUUGCCCACGAGGACGGCAAGUGGAACGACGUGCCCUGCAACUACAACCUGCCCUACAUCUGCAAGAAAGGCACAGUGUUGUGUGGGACCCCCCCCGCAGUGGAGAACGCCCAUUUGAUAGGUCGGCGGAGAUCCCACUACGACAUCCAUGCAGUGGUACGCUACCAGUGCUCCGAGGGCUUCUUCCAGCGUCACAUCCCCACCGCUCGUUGCCGGGCCGACGGGAGCUGGGAAAGACCCAGGAUCAUCUGCACAAAGUCCCGACGGUCCCACCGGUACCGACGGCACCAUCGCAAUCAGCACAACGAACGCCGCGGCCACAGGAGACACGGCGGAGAGGGACACAAGGCCAGAGAGGACGCACACAGCUACUACUGAACCAAAUAAUCUAACAUCUGCAAAGCCUAGGUGCUAACCAUGGCCCAUGAAGAAAGACAGUAGUCCAGAUCACUCCCACUACUUUUUCCUGCUUCUAACCAUGCUCCGUUUGGCUUUAUUCCUCCUGAUUAUUACGAUUUUCUUACUCAAACAUACAAUUUAUCUCCAUCACCACCUAUCUCUGAGUUUGGGUGUUUUGAUGCUUCUUUUUGUUUUCCCCCUGCUUCCUUUAAAGGUCCAUGCGAACACUAACUCUUAACACUAACUCUUGAUCCCAACCUAACAUAUCAUUCUCAGUAAAUCUGUAAAGUCUGUUUUGUUCUACUGACAUGCGUUUUUCUAAUAUUUUCUACGUUUUUGUGCCAUGUUACUAUUUAUUAUGAAUUGUUUGCUAGUGAAUAUGCUUUCUUUUUUUACUUAUACUUCACAAAGCCGGUGUAACAUC